AUUCAUAAUUUUAAUUUUGAAAACGUUCACUCCGACUGAAAAUUAGCUGUUCUUUGACGCUCCCCUAAACUAGUAAACGAAGCUCACUGCCGUCAACGCGGAUCGCUGUUUUGAAGAAAACAAAUACUUCUGACGUGUGAGAUGUUGGCAUCAAAAACAUGGCGGGUGCCAUACGGCUGGUUGUGCGCGUCGUUAGUUAAACUAUCGAUCACGAGGGUAUUUACAUGCUGAUUUCCCCCAGACACCUUGGAUUUGAAAUCUCCGUUGGGGAAUUCAUGUCGGUGGAAACAAAAACUCCCCCUACUUUCAUGUAAUUGCAAUCAAGGCGUUAUACUAUAGGUGGACCGCAAUGUCAAAAUGGCUGUUCGGCCAUUGCUCGUGAAAAAAACAAAUUUGUUUACAAAACUAAUCAUAUCUUGUGGUGACAAAUGCAUUCGUUGGCAAAAUAGCUGCUCGCGCUUUACUGUAGGCAGAUAUCUACAAUCAGCGAUCGAAUUAAAAACAGUGCAGAAGGAUGUUUUGAGUAUAUUUUACCUUCUAGCCGCGCAAUCAAUGCUUUUCUUUCCAAGCAAGCAGCGUUUUAAUCGGCAAAAUCAUGAAAUAGAAUCGUACGUGGUACGAAUUUAUCGGCACAAUCUGAUCAAGGACGGAGGCAUAAUCAAACGGAAACCACGCGAGAAACUUUUCGAUAACAUAAAACCGCGCCGCAACACUCGUGUCAAAAUGGACGAGUUGGGCUGGGUGCUGAUGAACCACGAUUUGAUAACACGUAAUGAGCCAAUCCAACAGCAUGCCAAUGGUAAUCGACUAAAUCAUUUUAAAUUCAACAUGGAGCGGUUGCGAAACCUACUGGAGCUGGUAGAGUUGACACCAAAAAGCAAAACAAAUUCCUGCGUAUGCUGGAUGCAAUUUUACAAAACGACAAAGUUUUGAAGGAAAUUAAAGAGAUGGUUGUGGCGAAUCGACUUCUAUCGGAAAUUCGUUAUGUGACUACGGUGGAACGUAUGCUGAAACACGAUUUGGACCCCUCUUUGCGCUGCUGCUUUGUAUGCCGAGAGUAUUUCCGCACUGCCGAUGAGUAUACCAGUUAUUUCGAAAAAUUGCACGGUGAAAAAUUUCUUAUUGUUGCGGCGGUGGAUCGAUUUCAGACUAGUCAAAAGUUCAACGUUCUACAUCACUACAAUGACCUUAAUCCGGUGACAAUAUUCACGAUUUGCAAUGUAUACCACACAGCCCUAAUAAAAAAAAAAAACAAGAAAAGACGGGUCUAAUAUUUUACAAUAAAGAACAAAUCUACCACUUUCCACGAAAAUCGGAGAACCACUAUAUCGGUUCGACAUGGAAUGGCUGAUACAUAUAAGGCAGAAAAAAGGUUUAACUUUGGAAUUCAACAUCCUAUAUU